GUCGUCGACGAAAGUGUAAUUAUGCUCGGCUCUCACAGUUAGGCAAGCCCUACCGAUAGAACCCGAGUUUAUCACGGAUAUAAAUUGAUAUUAGUUGCAGUACAUAUAACUCUCCGCUAGUAUACUCCUUAUAUUUUAUUCAUCAUAUCCUUCAUUGUAAAAUACGAGAUAAACUUUUUAGAAGAUUGUACAUAAGAGAGAGAGAGAGAGAGAGACAACCAUCCCACUGAAAAUCUCUCUCAGUCGAAUCACUUUUCAGACGCCAGCACACAUCUUAGUAUUAUUGUAGUUCGAUGCAUUAGAGAUUUGUUUAAAGAGCAAAAAUGGCGGACGGAAUAAGAUUAUUGAGAGUGUGUUAUCUUUAGUUGUCGCGUAUUACAUUUUUUUGUUAUUACGUUUUAUAUUAAUAUAAAUAUUAAUAUAAUUGAUCGAUAAUUUUCUUAAAAAUCUCUGACAAAUUUCGUGAAUCUUUGUGUAUUCCAUUAAUGCACGACGAGACAUUAUAUAGGAAGAUAAAUAAUUUAUGUAACAGAUUUACACACUCGGAAAACAAUGUUUUUCAAGAAAUUUUUAAUGCCGUGCGGGUUAUGUGCGGCAAUACCUGCAAUAAGUCCAACAAAUUCAUCAGGAGAUAGCAUAUUAUCUGAUAAUAAAGAAGCAGAUGUUAAGAAACGAAUUCGACCAUCUGAACUACCUAUUUAUUCCUUUGAAGAGGACUAUUCUAAGCAGAUGUCAUGCGAUACAGAAUGCUCACCUUCCUUCUUAGAACAGAAUAUAUCUAAAGUUCGUAAGUCUGCUCAAGCAGUUGCAUCUGAGUAUCAACAUUACACCGGUGUUAUUUCAGACAAAGUUGAUAUUGGCUUUGAACACAGCAGAUCUCUUUUGGAUUAUCUCCGUGAGGAGAGUAAUGUAAUGCCACGUAUGGGUGCUAUUGGUAUUGGUGGAUUGGCUGGAUUAAUACUCGGUCUCAGAGGACGUACAUUUAAACGACUUGUAUAUUCCAGCACUGGUGCUCUCACCAUAGCAGCUUUGUGUUACCCUAAAAAGGCGGAAGAAGGAGUUGACUUGGCAAAACAUUACAUAAAUGUUGGAUACAACUUCGUCUAUGGUGUCAAACCAGGUGACGAACAGCAGCUGCAAAUCGAAAUGCCGGAAAUGAAAUUCCCGACAUCUUUUUCCGAAUUUGUAGACUUAACGAUUGUCACAGGUUCAGCGGCAGCUAGUGCUGUUGGGGAUUUUGCACAGAACGCGUACGCAUCUUUGAGUGGUAACAAGGAGAAUUGUCGCGUUUUCUGUUUCAGGGUGGAUAUGGUAACUAUGAACUCCGAAAAAUCGGCUUGCCGCCGAAAAUCAGUGGAAAAGAGCAGCAUCGAAAAGACACCAGAGCAUGUCGAGGAAGCCGACAAGAAAAAUGAGGACAAUCGUAUGAAUGAGUCCCCGGAUUUGUCCCCCAACACUCCUACAUACAACGUCACUGCCUCUUGCGCCGAAGACACCCCUAACUACCUUGUCUAUAAGAAGAUGGAGUCGAUCGUAGAGAAGAUGUUGGAUGAAUUCACUGGCGUUCCCGUAAAAACAGUCAAGACUUUCAUGACGAAAACGCCAUCUGUUUUUACAGGUACAGACCUCAUAGCAUGGAUGAUGAAGAGCAUGGAUAUAGAUGAUCAAGAGGCUCUUCAUGUGGCUCAUCUGAUGGCAUCUCACGGGUAUUUUUUCCCUAUCGACGACCACUGCCUUACUGUAAAGAACGACAACACUUUCUACAGAUUUCAAACUCCCUAUUUUUGGCCAUCAAACUGUUGGGAACCUGAGAACACUGAUUAUGCUGUCUAUUUAUGCAAAAGGACGAUGCAGAACAAAACGCGACUGGAAUUGGCGGACUACGAGGCGGAGAACCUGGCUAGAUUGCAAAAGAUGUUUUCGCGAAAAUGGGAAUUUAUCUUUAUGCAGGCGGAAGCGCAGAGCAAAGUCGACAAGAAAAGGGACAAGCUGGAAAGAAAAGUCUUGGAUAGUCAAGAACGAGCUUUUUGGGACGUACAUCGACCAAUGCCCGGAUGCGUGAACACCACCGAGCUGGAUAUCAAAAAAGCUUGUCGCAGUCACAAGUCCGUCGUACAGCCGAGCAAGCAUUUGCAUCUGGGCCUCGCGGGCGGCAGGAUAUCACCGUCUGUGGAAACGCACGCGAACUCGUCAUCGGUAGAAUUUCUGCAGAAGGAGAUCGAGACGCUGAGAGACAGACUGGACAGGCCCGUCAUCAAAGUGUCAAAAGUGGCCGAAGCUUUGAUCGGGUACUUUGAGCAGUACAUGGAGUACGACCCGUUUUGCACUCAGCCCGAACUGACGAAUCCGUGGAUAUCCGAUAGCCCGGAGAUGUGGGAGCAAGAGAAAUUAGCGAAAGAAAUCUCCACGAGGAGAGUGAAGAGGUGGGCGUUCAGUCUGCAAGAGCUUCUGCAGGAUCCCGUCGGUAGAGAACAAUUUAUACGCUUCUUAGAUAAGGAAUUUAGCGGCGAGAAUCUCAAAUUUUGGGAAACCGUACAGGAAUUAAAAACUUUACCGCAGAAAGACGUCCAGGCGAAAGUCGAAGAGAUAUGGCGUGAGUUCUUGGACACGGACGCCAGUUGUCCCAUCAAUGUCGAUUCUCGGUCUUACGAAAUCACGAAGAAGAAUCUCGAAAAGCCGGACCAAUGGUGCUUCGAUGUUGCCGCGGCGCACGUGUAUCAUCUGAUGAAGAGUGACAGUUACUCGAGAUAUAUGCGCUCGGAAAUGUACAAGGACUUCCUUAACGGAUCCAAGAAAAAGACUUCGGUAAAAGGAAUUCGCUCCAUCGUUUCCUUCACUGGACGGAGGGACACUACAGUCUCGUAACCUGCCAAUUUCUGAAAUCUGCGACAUACUCGCUGUUCUCUAACUUGCUAUUCUGUUUACCUCUUCGGCUUUGCCAGAAACAGCAUAAAACUAACGAGAGAAUUUCAAAGGGCGCUUUUUAUUUAAAUUAGUCUUACACAUACUACUGAUGUAUUUAUAAUUAAAUGUUUCAUAUCGGUACAACAGUUAAGAUCAUUUAAAUUGUGCUAUAUACGCUUUCCGAAUCGUUCACGAAGCGACUGGUCAAAUCAAUCAAACUUUUGUCACGGGGAAAUCAGUUUUUCCAAAAUACUGCGCCAUGUAAGUUCAUAUGCAUUACGUACACUUUGUUUUAUUUUAUCAUUCGUUGAGUUCUCUUACUAUAAUACACCUUUGGACGAUGUAAUAAAUGUAAAUAAUGCGUGUAAAUAACGCGUUUUCUUAAUUCAUAUCGGAUGUAUCGGACAUCGCACACAUAUAUAUAUAUACACACACAUGCGCACAUCAGACAACAGCGCAGAUUAUACAACACACGAGUUAAUUGUACAAUAGCAGAACCUCUCUGUAUCUUUCAAUUACCACUGAAGUCUAUAGCCGAGCUGAAAUGAUGCCGCGUACUCGUGUUGGUAGCCCGAUCCGCGCAUCUGACAAAAUAUCGUAUGAUGCACAUAGAAUCAACGUUGCAUUGAGUCAAGUGCGGGGGGAAAUGUUAUACCGACAAAUGAGCACUAUGUGUUAAGAGCCGACGCGCUUGUAAGCACACUACAUUUUUAUAUCGAUUCAAUAAUGUGCACAAUAGCUUUUCAAGUGCACUAGUACGCGGUCGAUCGACCUCGCUAUAAGAAUGUAUAUUGAUCUCAAAUACGAAUAAAUCGCCAGGAACACGGUAGAGCCCCCCAAAAGAAAUCAAAAAUUGAUGAGUUUGUGAGAACACAGCUCUAUGAAACUGAAAACUUGUAGAAUAGAAUCCGAGCUUCUGUAUAACCACAAAAGAUCAAUAAAUCCAAAACUUGUAUUAGAUCAGGAACGCAUAAAUUUAUAAGAAAGAGAGAGAGGGAAAGGGAAAAGGCAUACUGUAUUAAGUAUUUGCAAUUUGUACAACACUCUUCGAAUCGUAAGAUUCAGCGACGGUACAUUAUAAUAUUUUCCUUUCACAUCUAUCUGCUUGUGUGUCUUUUAUCCAUAUAAAUGCAUAUUUUAACAUUGAAAAAUAAAAUUUCUCAUGCGCGCGCGUUUACAAUUUUUUCUAUCAAGUUUUUUUAUUCAGGUUCCCGUAAAUUGUGUCAUACUAUGUAGUAUAUUGUCCUCGUUAUACGACGAUAUAAUCAUUUUCCUUUCAAUUUUAUAUAUAAUUGAUUUUUUAAAUAAUAUAUUUUUUAAUUAUACAGAAAUUACUACUGAUCGCUCCGUUAGUAUAAGCAGAAUACUCAGGUAUACAUGCAUAUAUUUAGUCUAUUAAAUAUUAAUUCGAUGUGUGUGACGCUCAGUGGAUAAUAAUUUGAUGACAAAUACUUGAAAGUCUCCUUUAUUUUAAGCAACAUAUAGUUCGUCAACGGAACUCUGACAAAAUUCAGAACUGUUCGUCCUGCUCCCAAUAACUAUAGUUUAGUUUCCAACGAGUCUCCGUUACACGUCUAUUCGUUCGCCUACAUCGGCGAUCCCGUUUAAAUCCAACAAUCUAAAAUAGGUCCUUGUAAAACUUGUAAUACAAUAAAGUCUUCCAAAAACACAAA